GGAAAUCGGAAAUAGACACGGUGAUGAUGCGCGGGAAUGUAAACAAUGAUUCUGUGAAUUUACCCGAUAUCAAUGACUAGAUACAGUAUGACGUGGAACAGAACUCUUUUACAUCAAGAUUGAUUGUGUCAUUAGGAUAACAUACAUAUAGAAUGCAGACAGACUGUAUGUUUUGUUUACGCAACUAAUAUUGUUUACAUCAUGGAGAAGGCGUCCAGAGCUAUAAGAAGGAGCAGUGCCAAAUUAAUGUCCUUCGGAACCGGAAAUGCUGACCUGAGUGUCCUUAUGUCUGAAGUUAAGGACAUCAGAAGUAGUGCAAAGUCAUUUAUGGCAGCUCAAAAUCUUGCUUCCAAUGACAUGUUACGAUGGGCAGCAAACGAAGAGAACAGAGCCAUUCAGGAUGUAGUGAACCAAGCUGCUGAGUUGAGCACACAGUGGACAGAUGUACAGAGAGAUUUCAUAUAUCACCUGAAGGAGUAUAGACAGAUGUUUGAGAUGAUUAUGGAGGGAGAGAAGCACGUCAGUCAGGCAAAACAGAACCUGGCACUGUGUGAACAAAAAGAAGUUAAGAUCAGGAAGGAGUUAAAGAAGGCCGCCAGGAGAGCUUCAGCACCAGAAAUUAGUAUGUUGGAGGGCCGACUUAGCCAGGCUGAGCGUGCGAGAGAGGUAGCCGAAGUGGAAGUAAGUGAGAGAAUCCGUGAGAAUGAAGCUGUGAAGAUGAUACGUAUGAAGGAAGGGUUACUGAGGAUGUCGGAGGCGUAUAUGGAGCUCGGAAAUAAAUGUGCUAUGAUAUUUGAAGCACAACGGGACGUCGCUUUCCAGUUGCCAGAUGUCCAUGGGAAGGAAUUAGAGCAGGUGAAAUACUCAGGAGCUGCAGCCUCACAGCUGUAUGUCAAACAGGCCAAAGAAAAUGUGAAGAAGUACAAAAGGAAAUCCCAUCGACUAGACAAAGUGCCUCUCUCUGAUUUUGAACGACCAGGCUACUCCAGACCCAGUUGUGAGGAACCUCCCCCUCCAUACUACCCUAGUGAUGAGUUCCUGAACCAGACAGAAAUCAGCGACGAAAGCAGUGCUUACAGUCCAUCGACUGAAACUGAGAUACAAAGGCCUGGACACCGAAGGUCAUAUCCAAUGACAUCGCCUCGACAACUCACCGACCCAGAAGAGGAACUAAGCAGUUCUAUGGGGGCGUCUAAAUUGAGCUGAUAUGGUGCAGAGUUUGGACAAAAAGUGUUAUUUUAUAUGGUGCCAGUUAUUGUAGAGCACAAACAUUUUCCAUAAGACAACUAACUCUGAAUAACCAGAAGACCCAGGGUAAUGAUGUUUACCCAGAAAUAUAUUUUUAGCUCACAUGACCUUAAGGGACAUGUGAGCUUAUACUGUGAUGUGGUUAGAAUCAUGAUAUUCGGCUUUCAAGGAUGGAGCCCAUGAGCAGUAGUGAAUACUUUGUGAGUGACGUGCUGCUGGCGAGUUGGGCUUGCAAUGGAUACCUAUUUAUUUCUUAUCUGUGUAUGGAUUUUUAUUUAUGAAAUAAUCGUUUGUUUUAUAUGUCUUAUCUACGUUAUAUAUAUUGAAUCUUUUUCCUAUAGAUUAGGAGAUGUGUCUUAAUAAGUUUACGAUGAAUUGAAGAUGUUUUUCUCUCUGAUCAUAUGUACGGAUUUUAAUUUUAAUGAUGCUAAUUUUAGAAUUGAUGUCAGGAGGCGAAUAUUCGACAGCAAAACACUGUAGAUUGUGGAUGAAUAAAAAAUACCAUUUGAUUUGGGAUAUUUGUACAAUAUGGGUGUUGUGUAUAAUUCAACACCUUGUUUUGUUGUUUUAAAAGUAUAACACGUAUGUACAUUAUACAUUAUUUUUAUACCCCAAAGAUCAUAGAUUGUUUUUGGUCCGUCUGUUGAUAAAUUUUUUUUAAAUCUCACUUGGCCCAUCUUCUGUCCAUAUGUCAACUUUUCCUACAAAUAACUGCUUUUUCAAAUGCUGCUCCUGCUGUCUGAAUAAAUGGAUUUUUACCCUAAUUUGGUCUGAAGCGUUCUCUGGUGAAGGGAAAUGAAUUUUGUAUAAGCGGUGAGUCUGGUCCCCUUGGAUAAGGUGGGACGGGGCCCAAUAUGGGAAAUGGAGCAAAUUCUUUAAAAUUCUGCUCAUCAUUAAGGAAUGAUUGGUUUUUGACCUGAUUUCUCUUAUGUAAGACGUUAGUCUCUAUCCCCAGUAUCCCCAUUUGUCCGGCAUUGUGUAUGGUAAACUUUUAACAUUUUCCACUUUUUCUGGAAAUCUGCGCUGAUUUCAGUGAAAUUUUACAAAAGCCAUCCAUAGCUUAAAGUGCGCCAAAAUUAUAAAUCAUAUAUUCCCCAACCCCAAGGGGCCUGAGGGACAGGGCCUAAAAGUGUCAGAUUGAUUGAAACUUCAAAAAUAUUCUUCUCAAAUCCCAGGUAUUGUAGAAAUUGAAUACUCUUCAUGGAUGGAAAGACUUUCACAGACUUAACCAUAUUGAAAAUUUCAUGACCCUCCCUUGGAGGUAGUAUACUUUACUAAAGUUAAUAUAGAAAAAUUACAUUUCUGAGCAUAAUUUCUUUUUACUUUCAAUAAAAUCAUUUCUAUGACAUUGCAAGAGCAUUGUAACUCAGGUGAGUGUUAACACCCUUUGGGCCUCUUGUUUGUCUUACAGUGUCCUAUUGAUCUGAUAAGUUUUAUCUAUGAUAUUCAUAUUAAAUCUUUUUCCUAUAGAUUAGGAGAUGUGUUUUAAUAAGGUUACGAUGAAAUGAAGAUGUUUUUAUCUCUGAUCAUAUGUACGGAUCAGUCUUAAUGAUGCUAAUUUUAGAAUUGAUGUCAGGAGGCGAAUAUUGGAUAAUAAAACAUUGUAGAUUGUGGAUGAAUAAAAAAUACCAUUUGAUUUGGGAUAUUCAUACAA